AUGGCUUAUUCUCAAUCCAUUAAUAAAAGUCAACUACAAGUACCUACAAAUUGUCAUCUAUGUGAUACUGAGAAAAACAUCAGGUGGAAAUGCACAGAUUGUGGACUAUUUAUGUGUGAUAAAUGUAAAGAUGAAAGACAUUGUAGAAUAAGAAAUGCACAGGAUCAUAAGGUCAUAAAUAUCGAAGAUGUUGAUCUUAACAAUGAAGAAAUUGAUUUAAAAAAUAUUCAAUGUUCAAAACAUGCUGAAAAAUCUUGCCGUCUUUUUUGCAAGAGAUGUGACAGUCUUGUUUGUCCUAUUUGUGUGUCUGAAGUUCAUAUAAAUCAUGUAAAUCAACUUAUUGAGAUUAGGGAAGCAUACAAUACUAAAAUAGAUAGGCUGAAACAAGGACAAAGUCAAAUUAAAAUGGAAAAAGAGAAGGUCAUCACCAGAAAAAAACUUUUGGAACAGCAUAAGAAUGCUGAAAAUGUGAAGCACAGCAAAGUAAUCCAGAGUAUUAUGAAUCAUGGCGAUUUGUUGAAAAGGACUAUUGACAAAUAUAUCCAAAAACUAAAAAAUGAAAAUGAUGAAAAUAUAAAGACUAUUUUGAAGUCAAUUGAUACUGAAAUACAUACAGUUUCGAAAUCCAUGAGAGAAGUUUACUUAAAAUACAAUGAAAUUGGUGACUUUCUUAAAACCAGAGACAUUACUAAGUUUUUUACUGACAUAAGGAGAAUUGAAAAUUCAAUGGAAGUCAAAGCACCGAAAACACAUUCUACAUACAAUUCUACACCUAUUUUUUACUCAGGGGAAAUAACUCAAACAAAUGUUGGAGUUUUAAAAAAGCCAGAGAAAUUAUUAGUUUCAUUUCAUAUUAUUGAAGAGUAUCUUACAGAACUUUCUGCUGUAUCGGAUAUCAUUUCAUAUGAAGAUUCUAUUUAUAUUAAUUCAGCUUUAGACAAUAACGUUGUAAAAGCAGAACCUAAGGAGAAAAAACUUGAUGUAGUUUCGACCUUGAACUUGGCAGUUUAUGGAAUGGCAAUAUCACCGUCAAAUGACCUCCUUCUGUCUGUUGGGAAAUCAAGACUUCAACAACUUAACAUUUCCACCGGUGAACUUUCAGACACUGUAUAUAAUGUGAAACCUUUAGCUUCCACAAUAAUCCACAUAACCAGUAAUAAUAAAGUUAUAGUAGGAGGUGUUAAUGAUAAACUAGGAAGAAAAGCUGUGUUUGUAAUGAACGAAAAGGGAGACCAUGAGACUGUGUAUGAACAUGAUCAACAUAAUCAACCUAUACUUACAUACCCUAGGAGUAUUACCAGUACCAGUACUGGCAAUAUCCAUGUGGUGGACCGUGAACCAGGUCAGGAAGGAAGAGUGGUAGUGUUUGAACCAGGAGGCGAAAUAAUUAAUUCAUAUAAUGGCCAUCAAAAAAUCAACAAACUCAAAUCAUUUAAACCAAAUAGAAUAGUAACAACAAAAAGUGACAAUGUUUUGGUGUCUGAAAUGAAUACGAACUCCUUACACAUCCUGGAUAGUACAGGGAACCUUGUGUCAUGGUACAACACUAAAGACAUAGGAAUACUACAUCCAGUUUCCCUUUCGUUCACACAGACAGGACAACUCUUCAUAGCAUGUGGUGCAGAAGAAGGCCAUACAACCAAAGACGCCAAAAUUUAUAAAGUGACUAUAUCAGGAUGUUAA